UGUCAAUAUGAAUAAUUCUUCUGGACACAGCGCAGUUGCCUACAAGACACACCCAGAGUUCAUAGCAUCAGAACAGAUAUGGAUUUACGUGUCACCUAUUCUGAUAUUUAUAGGAACUAUCGCCAACACGCUGUCGAUUAUAGUAUUGCUGCGCAAACGAAUGCGCACUUCAACCACAAUGUUCUACUUGACCGUGCUUUCGUUUGGCGAUAUGAUGGUGCUAUACACAGGAUUACUUCGAUACUGGAUUAAAUCGGCUUUUCACGAGGACAUCCGAUUAAUAUCGGAAUUCUCUUGCAAAAUUCAUGCUUUCCUUGUUUAUUUUUCUCUGGAUUUUACCACGUGGGUGUUAGUGGCAGUCACCAUAGAUAGAUGUAUAUUUGUGUGUUUACCUUUUAGGGCCAAAAGACUUUGUACUUUAAAGCAUGCCAAGAUCGUUGUGAUUGGUAUCGCUUUAGUUAUGACUGCCCUGAAUUUUCAGCUAUUUUGGGGUGUGUCAUUUGAAGUGCAACUAGGGGAGUUAGCCUGCACACAUGUAAAUGAUUUUACGGAAUUUGCUUGGCCUUGGAUCGACUUCUGUAUGUUCAGUAUAGUCCCGUUUACUAUCAUGAUCAUAGCCAACAUACUCAUCAUUAAAAAACUAUUUAUGUCACACAAGCGAGUGGCGUCUCAUAACCAUGAGGCAGCCCAUUCGGAACACAGCGAAAGCGUCAUGAACCAUUCCAAUGGGCAUAGUGUUAAUGUACAUGCAAAACAAAGAAAAGUUCCGAGUGUUACAACGAUGUUGCUUACGACAAACUGUGUUUUUCUGGCAUUAACUUUACCCAUUGUUGUGUACCUCAUUGUAUACCCUUACGUACUUUAUGACGCCACGGACCACGUGACUGCUGUUUUGCAGUUGCUAUGGGCAAUUGCUAAUAUGUUUCAGUAUACCAAUAACACAAUCCAUUUCUUUUUGUAUUGUAUGACUGGACCUCGUUUCCGUCGCGAACUUUUUAAACUAUUUAAUAUAAAGACAAGGUCAUCGCACGAGUUAACAAUGACCAUGGAGAUGCAUUAGAAUU